AUGAAGUCAUCCCACCGCAUACCAUAUCUAAAUGACACGAGUAAACUUGAAGAAACAGUCAAGGUUGUCCAAGGAAAACCGGGUGAAGGUCAAGGACUGAAUAUUCUUCUUAACAAUGCUGGUGUUGGAAAUCGUGACAAUCUGGAGAAAGUCAACCAAGAAUCGAUGAUUGAAAACUUCAGAACAAAUGCGGCCGGUCCAUUAAUGGUUUCAAAGGCUUUCCUUCCGCUGCUUCGGUCUGCGGCGUCACAGGGAGGCUCUUUGUCUGUUACAAACGCAGCGAUAAUCAACAUCAGUACUGGUUUGGCUUCCAUUACUGAGACCGACUCCGGUGGGGUAUAUCCCUACAGAACAUCAAAGGUAAAAAUCAAUGCUGUCAAUGAAAUAAGUAAAGGCCAAUGA